GCGACAUCCAGGUGUGCGUGCUCAAACACCCGCGCACCUUCCUCAGCAAGAUCCUCACCUCCAAGUUCCUGCGGCGGUGGGAGCCGCACCACCUGACGCCCACCGACUGCAGCCUGAGCUCCUCCACCUUGAAUCAUCCUGGGGAAGCCCGCCCCCCUGAGUGGCUACUAUGGGGGAUGACAGCGAGUGGAUGAAGCUUCCCAUUGACCAGAAAUGUGAACACAAGGUGUGGAAAGCUCGCCUGAAUGGCUAUGAGGAAGCUCUGAAGCUCUUUCAGAGGGUUGAAGAUGAGAAGAGUCCAGAGUGGGGGAAGUACCUGGGCCUAAUAAAGAAGUUUGUGACCGAUUCUAAUGCUGUGGCUCAGCUUAAAGGCCUGGAGGCCGCUCUGGCUUUUAUUGAAAAUGCACAUGUCGCUGGCAAAACGACAGGUGAAGUAGUGUCGGGCGUAGUGAACAAAGUGUUCAACCAGCCUAAGGCGCGAGCGAAGGAGCUGGGCAUGGACAUCUGCCUGAUGUACAUCGAGAUCGAGAAGGCUGAGAUGGUUCAGGAGGAGCUGCUAAAAGGACUGGACAACAAGAACCCCAAGAUCAUGGUGGCCUGUAUCAAGACCAUCACCAAGGCCCUCAGUGAGUUUGGAUCCACGAUCAUCUCUCUGAAGCCCGUGGUGAACGUUUUACCCAAGCAGUUUGAGUCCAGGGACCAAGCUGUGAGGAAUGAAGCCAAACUGCUGGCUGUGGAGAUCUACAAAUGGAUCAGAGACGCUCUGAGACACUCGUUACAAAGUAUUAACUCUGUACAGCUGAAGGAGCUGGAGGAGGAGUGGGUGAAGUUGCCUCCAUCUCCACCCAAACAGACCAGGUUCCUGCGCUCCCAGCAAGACCUGAAAGCCAAGUUUGAACAACAAGCCCAAGGAGGAGACAACUCUGAAGGAGAGGAUGAGGAGGAAGCUGCAGCAGCUGUGGAUCCGUAUGAACUUCUGGAAGCUGUGGAGAUUCUCUCCAAGGUUCCUAAAGAUUUCUACGAGAAAAUAGAAGCUAAAAAGUGGCAGGAGAGGAAAGAAGCUCUGGAGGUUGUCGAGGCUCUGACCAAGAACCCCAAACUAGAGAAUGGACACUAUGGACACCUGGUUAGAGCACUAAAUGAGGUGGUGGGGAAAGAUGCCAAUGUGAUGUUGGUAACAUUGGCUGCUAAAUGCCUAGCUGGGCUGGCCACCGGUCUCAGGAAGAAGUUUGGACCAUAUGCAGGCCAGGUGGUACCAACCAUUCUGGAGAAGUUUAAGGAGAAGAAACCUCAUGUUGUCCAGGCCCUGCAGGAGGCCAUGGAUGCCAUCUUCCUCACAACCACACUGCAGAACCUGUCGAAGCACAUCCUGGCUGUGAUGGACAAUAAGAACCCCUCCAUUAAGCAGCAGGCCUCCUUGUUUCUGGCCCGGUCCUUCAGACACUGUACCCAGGCCAUGCUGCCGAAGAGUAUUCUCAAACCUCUCUGUGCUGCCCUCACCAAGCAAGUGAACGACUCUUCACCGGAGGUUCGUGAUGCUGCAUUCGAAGCUUUGGGCACAUCCAUGAAAGUGGUCGGAGAGAAAGCGGUCAACCCCUUCCUGGCUGACCUGGACAAACUCAAGAAGGAUAAGAUAAAGGAAUGUGCCAACAAAGUUGAGCUCCCUGGAGGAAAGAAGGUCGGAGGAGGAAAAGAUGGAGGGACUGAACAGAAGGCUGUAGCUGCUAAAGCUGCUCCUCCUGCUGAAGCUUCACCCAGAUCAUCUGUUCUCAACAAAAAGCCUCAAACUGCUCCUGCCAGCAAGCCAUCAGCAGGUCCACCCAAGAAAGUCAAACCUACAUCUGCAGCCAGUGGGAAAGCCAGAAAAGCGCCUGACACGAAAGAGUUUAUUGAGAGCGAAUUAGCGGGUGCAGCCAGUAAGAAACUUGUGUCAAAGGCUCUGAAGGAUGAUGAGGAAAAGUCUGGGCCCAUCUUCAUCCACAUCCCCAAUGCCAAGGAACAGCGGAUCAAGGAAGAGAAGCAGCUCAAGAUCUUGAAAUGGAACUUCCUGCAUACUCCUCGUGAUGAGUAUGUGGUGCAGCUGAAAGCUCAGAUGUCCACCUGCCUGGCCAAGUGGCUCCAGGACGAGCUCUUCCACUUUGACUUCCAGAGACAUGUCAAAGCUAUCGGAGUCAUGAUAGAGAGGUUGGAAAGUGAGAGUGAAGCCACCAUCAGCUGUCUGGACCUGGUCCUGAAGUGGUUCACUCUGAGGUUUUUCGACACCAACACCACAGUAAUUAUGAAGGUGCUGGAGUAUCUGAAGAUGCUCUUUGCCAUGCUGAACAGGGAGAAUUAUCACCUCACUGAGUAUGAAGCCAACUCCUUUGUCCCCUACCUCAUACGGAAGGUUGGCGAGUCAAGAGAUGUGGUUCGGAAAGAUGUCCGGGCAAUUCUCACCAUGCUCUGUAAUGUCUAUCCGGCAUCAAAGAUCUUUCCUUUACUCAUGGAUGGAACAAAGUCCAAGAACUCCAAACAGAGAGCUGAGUGUCUGGAGGAGUUGGGCUGUUUGAUCGAAGGCUAUGGGAUGAACGUAUGCCAGCCGACUCCUGCUAAGGCCUUGAAGAAAAUUGCCAUUCACAUCGGUGACUGGGACACAUCUGUCCGCAACGCUGCCCUGAACACAGUGGUGGCUGUCUACAACAUCUGUGGUGACAAAGUCUACAAACUGAUAGGAAACUUAUCAGAGAAAGACAUGAGUAUGCUGGAGGAGAGAAUCAAGCGCUCGGCUAAAAAGGCCCCCUCAGCUCCAGCAAAGCAGAUUGCGUCAAAGCGACCACCGAGAGAACACCCAGCCAACCCCAGGGCCACCUUCCUCUGUAAGCCAGCCCAGGAGGAUCCCAAAAAACUCAAGUAGGUCACCUCAGGCUCGUG